CUUCGUGGAAGAAGAAACUGUCGCAACAAAGGGGGAGAAGAAUCGAAGCAAUUGCGUUUUUUAAUUUGAGACAUUUCGGGAACAACCGAUUAUCCAAACUCGUUGGCAAGUCGUUUAACAACAACAUUAAUGCUAUCGAUUAUUCACAAGGCGGACGAAUAAAGGACUGUUCCCGCACGAACUCGCCGUUAACCCGCUAGCACCAUCUCAUAAUGCCUUCCAUUGUGUUUUUGCGAAAGUUUGUGAACCAGAAAUUAAAUUCUGCUGUGGAAGAAAUACUCACAGUGUUUGAAAAAACGAUCUGCGAGUACCAAGAUGAGAUUGAUCACCAGCGCAGAUUGUUGGAGGCUGCUCGGAAACCCUCUAAUAACACGCUGCAGAUAGAGCAACAAGAGAAGAUCACCCACUUGGAUCGUGAGGAACAGAUGGAGCCACAGAUCAAAAAGGAAAUGUGUCUGGAUGAAGUGGAGAUAAAGCAGGAGAUGGACUGCAUUCUGGUGACGACUGUGGGUGAAGAAAGUUACGAAGAGGACGAGUCAACUCUUCAUUUGAGUCCUGAUGAAACAGAAAAUGUAGAACAGAAUGUUGACGAGUUCAUGACCCCAUCCUCGCAUUAUACUGUGCACCCAGAGGCCCCUGAAUCUAAUAUGGAUGGUCCCAGUAUGUCCAGUACAAUUCUGUUACACAAGGCCAGCAAAAGUAAAGACCCUCUGAAAUGCCCCUUUUGUGGGAAAAUGUAUCCGUUUGUUUCUCAACUGAAGAGUCACAUGAGGAUCCACACAGGCGAGAGGCCAUUUAAGUGUUCAACUUGUGGGAAAGGGUUUGCAUUCUGCAGCAACUUGAAAAAUCACCUGACGACUCAUACAGGUGAGAAGCCCUUCACCUGUGUGACUUGUGGGCACUUGUUCUCGUGCAGUCGAAACCUGAAAGAGCACAUGAGGACUCAUACUGGCGAGAGGCCGUAUCUGUGCAACAUCUGCGGCAAAACAUUCAGCCACGUGUCGACCAUGGUAAAACACAAAAGCCUUCACCUGGACAAUAACCCGUACUCCUGUGAGACAUGUGGGGCUCGCUUUGUGUCGCAGAGGAACUUAAUUGAGCACGAGAGAAUCCACACAGGAGAGAAGCCGUACGUCUGCGGCAUCUGUGGCAAGAAGUUCACGCAGAAGUCAAGUUGGACCAGACACAAAGGAACCCAUCUGGAGAACUGUUUACCUUGUCCAACAUGUGGGAAGGAUUUCAAAUCACGGAAAGGCUUGAACAACCAUAUGAGGAUCCACAAGGAAGAGCUGGUGAUUGCUGUUGACUCAGAUAAAGGAGAAUCUGUGGCAACAGAGUAAUCUCUUUCACAUAUUUGGACCUGAUACCUGCAGAUUAUUACUUGUCCAGAGUACCAUUGUUUGCAUGUAGAAUAGGUGUGCAAUAGUUUCUUUAACAUGGUGCAUGUUUUUUAUAAAAUAUAUAAUAACAAUAUAUUAACCCAGGAAUUGUAGUGACUGGAAUCUUUGUGUA